UUUUAACUCUUCAAUGUCUUUUUUUUAUGACUUAUUAAAUAUUUCAUAUAACAUAAUUUUGUUUAUAAUUUGAGAUUUUUUGUUAAAUUUUUUAGUGACGAGUCAGAUAGGAACAUUAAAGUAACUUUCGAAACAUAACUAAAAGUGGAAUAAGUUUAUAAGUUGGUAAAUUAUAAAAAGCGGUCUCCGUAAAUAUAUUUGCAUUUAAAAAGUUUUUUUUUCAAUAUAAGAUAUUGUAAAUUUUUUAUAUUUUUAUAACUGGUUUUCUAUCAAAACGAAUUUAAAAUCAAAAUUUCUCUAAAAAAACAUAUGUACACACACGUAUUGUUUUAAUUGUAUAUAAUUUUUGUUUCUGCUUACCGCAAUACAACCAUAGUUGAUAAAAACAUUUUUAUAAUUUCAAUAUCUGUUUAUAAAUACACAACAGUCAGGAGUAAGAACAAAAGAAAAAUAAUGUUUUUUUAAGUACAAUAUAAAUUCUUUCGUUAUAAUACAAACAAAACACUUUUGAUCAAAAAGAGAUAAAAAUCAUUGAAUAGUGGAUUAAACAUCUUUGUUCAGUGCGGUUAAAAAAUAAAUAGAGGAAAUGAAAAUUACAGUUGCUUCUUUAGAUGACAAAGUCUUUGUUUUAGAUGUAUCUGAAGACCUAGAGUUAGAAAACUUUAAGGCUUUUUGUGAAAUUGAAACAGGAUGGCCUGGACCACAAAUUGUUGUGGUUGCAAAUGGCCAACCUUUGUAUGACAAUAAAAAAUCGCUCAAGGAUUACAAUAUUAAAGAUGGUGAUUGCGUUAUAAUACAACGUCUGAAUCAUCAACAACAAUCGACAUCAUCAAAUUUAUUAGGUGGUGUUCGCAAUUUAGAUUUCGGUAACAUCGCAAUUCCAAACACGUCACGGCCAGCAGGUAAAGCAUCUCAACCAUCAGGUGUACCUAUGCAAACUAAUGAUACAGACAUAACUGUUGGUCCCGAAGAUGAUCCUGCUGUUGUAAGAGAUAUGUUUCUACAAAAUCCAGAACACUUAGCUUUAUUAAAACAAAAUAAUGCUAGACUGGCUGAUGCUUUAUUUUCUGGAAGUUUGGAAACGUUCGCAAAAGUUUUGAGAGAACAAUUAGCUGAGAGAAGAGACAGAGAAAAGCAAAGAAUUAGAAUGCUGCAAGCAGAUCCUUUUGACACCGAAGCUCAAAGAAUGAUUGCAGAAGAGAUAAAACAAAAAAAUAUACAGGAUAACAUGGCUGCUGCUAUUGAAUACAGUCCAGAAAUUUUUGGAACAGUGACCAUGCUUUACAUUGACUGCAAAGUAAAUGGGGUGCCAGUUAAAGCAUUUAUAGAUUCAGGUGCUCAGACUACAAUAAUGAGUGCCAAUUGCGCAGAGCGCUGUAAUAUUAUGAGAUUGGUUGAUACCAGAUGGAAAGGUAUAGCGAAGGGAGUAGGAACACAGCGCAUUAUAGGUCGAAUUCAUAUGGUGCAAAUGCAGAUUGAAAAGGAUUUUUUAACAACAAGUUUUUCUGUGUUAGAAGAACAACCGAUGGACAUGCUUUUAGGAUUAGACAUGUUAAAACGACAUCAAUGCAACAUUGACCUUCAAAAUAAUGUCUUAAAGAUCGGCACAACAGGAACUGAAACAAGAUUUUUACCCGAAAGUGAUUUACCAGAAUGUGCCCGCCUGACUGGAAGUCCAGAAGAGGAAAUGAAAGCUUUGCAGGAUUCAACAAGAACAGCUGAGGAAAGAGAAAUACAACGUGCUAUAGAACAAAGCAAAAAAGAACAUAAAGAGCGUGGUAGCGGAAGUUCCGAUCCUGAUAAUAAUGCUUCAUGCUCAACUUUAUUGAAUCAAUCGCAAACGACAGAAUUAACACCAAACGAAAAAUUUACAGAAAACGAUAUUUCUGAAAUUGUUAAAUUAGGCUUUAGUAGAGAAGAUGUUAUUGAACAUUUAAAGAAAUUUCACGGUGAUAAAACUCAAGCGACAGCCGCCCUCAUUGCAAAAUCAUUGAAAUUUUAAAUAUUUUUUUUUUUACGGAAGUUUUCAAUUUUAGAAUUAAAUAUGUUCAAAUUACUACCUCAGGGCAAUGCAUUUUAUUACUUCAGAAACAAAUAAAACAAAAAAUAAUGGCGUAUAAAUUUUUUCUUAAAAUCACAAAAAAACAAAACAGACUAAUAAUCAUCGAAUUAAAGUAAAUUAAAAACAUUAAUCUAAAGAAUAAAUAGUUUUUGUUUCAAAUUUUAAUUCCUCUUCACUUUCAAGUUAAUGAAAAACGAUUAAAAAAUUUAUUUAAAUUUAUUAAAAGAAUUAAUUGAUGAUAAAAGAAUUAUUAAUUGAUGAUAAAAAGACUGAAGUUAUCUUCAUGGUUUGGUAUUAUAAUUCUUUUUUUUUUUUUGGAUAUUUGUUGGGAUUUGAUUUUUAGUAUAGGUCAUGUAGGAUAUAAUUGUAUAAGGAAUUCAUUUAGAAAUUAAUAAAGAAUUUUAAGAAUAA